AUGUACGCGUCUGGGUGCAUAUACGCCGUCAUUGUUUUUGCAGCGCGCAAGCUCGGUGUCACGUGCGUUGUUCUGCCUGACAUGACGUCCUCCAUGUCGGAUGCAAUGUCCCAGCUAUUUUUGAAUCACUUCACUCCACCCUUGCUCCACCCCGUCAACACGCAUUGCUGCCUUUCACCUUGCGUUGCAGAGUCCAGCAUCCUCUUCCCUUGUCACAUCCUAUUCCUUGCUGCCACUCACGGUUCCGCAUGCUGCAACUACACUUACCAGCAGCUUUUGUUGUCUAUCAUCACACACUUGCCGUCGUGA